AUGGAAUUGUUCGGUUUAUCUGGCAUUAUGAAUACAUGUGUCAAAUUCAAUAAGAAUAACACUGAUCAUCGAUUACCAUUGCAUAUUGUCUAUCGUUGGAAACGUAUACGUGAUUUGAAUGCACCAUUUGUAAUAGUGUUACGAUCUGUUCAAUCGCUAUGCUCGGAAAAUUAUCAACUUUCACCAAUUAUUCCAGAAUUUGAUUUUUAUUAUCAUCGUUUGGAUUUAUUGAAAGAACCACAAAAAUGUCGUUUCCUCAAUCAGCUUAUAUCGUUUGAUUUUGGUACCAUUUAUUUGUCACCACGUGCAUUCGCUCGACCGUUUAUUCGUUUAACACAAGGUUAUGCAGAGAAUUUGAAUGAUAUACGUCAUUUAAUUGCUUAUCUAUUCGAUCAUACUACUGUAUUGAUCACAGAUCCAGGUUUAACUGCCAUUAUUAGUACAACAACACCAUCGAUUCGAACAUCUGUAGCUGUUGUAGAAAGAAUUGGAAAAUUUUGGAUACAUCGACAUCAUGUCAGUGAAUUAAGUGAUUUCAUUGUUAGACGAUAUGUGGUUACAGACAAUGGUGUAAUGCUUAUUUAUCCUGGAACUCUAUUAUCUCAUACUUAUGAACCAACGAAUCGAAUUUGGUAUAAACAUGCUUUAGCUUUACCUGGACGUUUAAUUAUUACUGGUCCUUAUUUAGAUGAUAGUGGUGUUGGUUAUAUAUAUACAUUGAGUCGUACAAUUUUUGAAGGAAAUUCUAGUUAUACCCGUGGUGGUAUACAUUCACAUGAAAUGAAUAAAAUCUCUGCUGUGAUUGGUAUGGAUGUAACAUAUCGAUUUUUAAGUUUUAUGCUAUCAUCCAAUGGAUGGUUACCAGAAUGUGGAGAAUUUUUAAAACAAGUUAAUCUCACACAUCUGACAUCUGACACAUCGUCGUCUUCCAUAGUGUUCGGAGAACACCAACAGCAACAACAUUUGGAAAAAGUUAUCAAUCAAAGUUUAGAUAGUUUAUUUAGAGAGAAUGAUGAUUCCUUCUCGGCUUUCAUCAAACACAAUACAAUGUCCGCUGAAUCCAAUGUUAAUAACAGUAAUAAUAAUCAUAAUAAUAAUAAUCACAGUAAUCCUCUUUUAUAUCCUCAACAUUUAAUUGAUCAAUCAAAAAACCACAUGCAAUCACGAUGUUUACUUAUCAAUGAUCAAGGUUAUUUAAUUGCUCAUCCUAAUUUUUAUGAUACAAGAAGUAUACAAGGUGGUGGUGGUGGUGGUGGUGAAGGACCAUUAGAACAGAAUCAUUUAAGUUUUCAUGAACCAAUUGUUGCCGCAGAUUUGUUAAAUCAUGAAAAUUUUCUACAAAAAACUAUUUGUUUAAAUUAUAAUCAACGUAGAUUACAACGUCAAUAUAAAUUUAAUUUAUCCAUAAAUGAUCGAAUUGUUACGACAAGUAGUAAUAGUGUACCAUCUGGUGAACAAUGUGUUGAAUAUCAGUUUUGGACAAUACCAGAAAGUAAUUUAAUUUUCGGUUUGAUUAAUGAACAUCAACGAUUAGGUUGUAGUCCACGUACAGGAUUUUGUCCAUGUUCAAUAAAAAAUCGUUUAUGUUUAAAUUGUGCUCGUCUGGAAUUACGUGAAUGUGAAUGUCCAUGUGAAUGUCCAAUUAUUGCAUUGAAUAAAAAUGAUUUCAUAUUGAAUAGUAGUAGUAGUAGUAGUAGUAGUAGUAGUAGUAGUAGUAGUAGUAGUAGUUAUCCGAAAUUGUUUGAAGAAGACAUUACCGUUGUAGAGGAAAAUUUAACUAAUCUAUCAUCUAUCAUGUAUACAAUUAAUAGACAGUUGAAAUAUUUUGAUCAAAUAUCAAAUGAAACAGAGAAUAAUUUGCUUAGUAAUCGAAUUAAAACUAUAUUCAUGUAUCCACCUUGUUUACAAACAUUGGAAAUGGAACCAAUUAAUGCAAUAUCACAUAAUUUUAAUUCAUUUAUCCUCAAUACUCAAACAUCAUCAUCGUCAUCAUCAUCAACUUCAUUUUAUACAAUCGAAGAAAUUCCAACUUGUACAUCAUUGAUGAACACUGAUCAAUUUGUUUCAUCCAAUAGACAUGUGAUUUCUGAUUUGAAUAGAUUUAAACAAUCACCACCACCACAAGCACCACCUUCACAACAACACCAACACUAUCAACCUACUUCAAUGAAUGAAGCCAAUACUGAACAUUUCACUACUAAUCAUGAACAACAACAACAACAUUCGCAUUGUACACAUCGUACACGUUUAAUUUGUUCAUCAACUAUUGGUUGUGAAUGGUGUAUGAUGAAGCAGAAGAAGAAGACAGUGACGAUGAUGACGUCAACUAAUGAUCAACUAUUGAAUCAGUCAUUUUGUGCACCAAUUUCAGUUUGUUUUAAUGGAAUUCUUAGUGGUGGUGGAGGUGGAGGUGGAGGUGGCGGCGAUGUCCUUUUGCCUAAUUUAAAUUAUCAUCCAUAUGUAAAUGAUUGGCUCACUUCGGGCAACAAUAAUCACACUAAUAACAAUGAUAAUAAUCGUAAUCCAAGUUAUACUUAUACCAUACAAAAUCGUCAACAUUUAAUUCAAUCCAAAUUUCAUACUGCUCCUGCUACCUCUACUACUUCACAUACUAAUCAUAUUGCCAGUCGUUUCAAUCAAUUCACCAAUCCUAAUCAUCAUCCAUCCAAUAUAAACUACAAUACAAAAAAACAAUCAUUUUCACAUGAUUUAUUAACAUUCAUUUUCAAACAUUCACAAUCAACAAUCCGUAGUGAUGCUGCUGCCUUGAAUGAUAUUUAUACAAAUUUUCCUAAACCGCUCAAAUUCUUAUCAACUAACAAUGAACAUGAUGAACACGAUGAUGAUGAUGUUGAUGUUGACGCUGGUGGUGGUAGGGGUAAUGCGGUUAGUGAAUUCAUGCUGCGACACUAUCAACACCAACUACAACACCAACAAUAUGAACAGAAAUCCACCUCAUCAUCAUCAUCAUUAUCAUUAUCGUCGUUGAUUUUCACUAAUCCAAUUAGUUCAAUUAUUGGUGGAUUAUUAUUGAUAUUUAUUAUUCUAUGUUUAAUUAUGAUAAUUUAUUUUAUGAAAUAUCAUCAGAAAAGAAGGAUGGAAAGAAGAAAUUUACAAAAUGUACCAAUUUGUUCAACUGUAUUAAAUCAAUUCAUUUUAUCGGAACAAUGUCCAACGGAUGUAUUUGGUUUAAAUCAUUUUGUACAUUGUCAUCAUUUGAAUAAAUAUCCUACAGCAAACAAUCCACAGAAAAUCGAUCAAAACGAUUCAUGCUCAUCGUUCAAUCAUCAUCAUCAAUCUCAACCACCGCCUCCACCGCCACCCCCACCGGCAAUAUCGAAUUUAAUUUGUAUUUCUAAAGUAUCAAGUGAUGACGAUGAUGGUUGUGCAACAUCAUGUGUGAAUUCAUGUCAUGAUGAUGAUGAUGAACAUUCAUCAGCCAAUCGAAAUGGCUCAACUAAUGAAAGUACAAAUCAAGCAGUGUAUUAUACUACUGAUACAACUACCACUACUACUACUACUACUAAUGUCACACCUAGCAUGAACACUACUACUAAUGUCGGUGAUCAUUCAUUCAUAACAUUAUCACCUCAUUGGAUUAUUGAUAAUUGUUUAGAAAAAGUUAAAUAUCUUAUGACAACUUAUGAAACACAAACUAUGAAUCAGCAAACAUUAUUUAGUAAUGAACUAGCCAAAUUACAUUCGGACCUAGUAUUAUCAAAAAAUCAAUUGAAUACAAGUACAAACCCAAUGCCACCGAAUCCUUAUCAUAUUAUCGAUUCUAUGAGUAAUACUAGUAACAAUAAUAAUAGCGAUAAUAGCACAUCAAUAAUUAUGAAUCCUUUAUUCACAACUUAUGAUCAACAAUCUACUGAAUACACUACAAAAGAUUCUGCACUUGGUAGUGAUUGUGCCACUUCUUCAAUAUCAUAUACAUCAUCUUUAUCAACAAAUCGAAAACAUGAUGAAGAUAGUGAGAGAAGAAGAAAAAAACAACAAUGUGCCAAUGAUGAUUGUUGUGUAAUACUUCAACACCAACAACAGCAACAACAACAACCAUAGGAGAUAAUAUAGGCUGAUGAAGGAACAAUACACUAAGCUGCAGUUGAAACAGUUGUCAAACAAUUUUCAAAAUGACUGAUUUUUUACUGACUGACCUUUGAGCUUCAAUU